GUGGAUGAGGUCGAGCGCGAGGUUCUCGAGGACGAGGAGGGCGGAGAGUUUGAAUAUUACGCGUUCGACGCUCGCACGGGCGCGAGGCGUUGGACGGAGACGAGCGGCGAGGACGAACACCGUCGGCGCGCGCGCGCGAGGUUGAGCCUGAGAAACUUGGACGACGACGAGAUCGACGGCGCCGUGGAGCGCGCGUGUCGAGAUUUUAGAGAGAGCAUCGUGCAGGAUGGGCUACCGCAUCUGUGGCGGCACCCGGUGGAUACGAAGAUGCGUUUGGCGCACUUUAGACGACACAAAUCUCGCGCAAACGCGAUGGCGCGCGACAAGGCGAGCGCGGGCAAACGCAAACGCGGCGCGGCGGCGGCGAAAGCCGUGCCGUCGAACGCGGCGACGCGCGCGUUCGGACGCGCGUUGGACGCGCUGAAAGGCGAGUCGAAACGUAGACUCGACGACGACGACGCGCAUCCGCCGCACGCGUCGACGCACGCGCGGCGCGUGAGAAAACGAGAACCACCGAACGUCGUCGUCUCACAUCACGCCGAGGGCAUCGACGUGUUGCACUUGUACUCGGGCGUCAAGGUGUGCGAAAUGAAAUUGAAGAGUCCGGGAUUGCACGUCGAUCUCGACGGCGACGGCGUCGUCGACCACGUCGAGGCGCACGGCCGAAACUUACGCAGCGCCGAGGACAUUCCGCACUGUUGGGCGACCGUGACGUCGGGAGUGCCCGACGAGGGACGCACGCUCAGUGCGAGUAUUUGCAGAGGCGGGAGCGGCUUGGCCGGUCAUCGCGCCGCGCAAGCCGCGGGGCGAGACAUUCGCGCCGUCGAAGUCGUUUCGCCGAUUUCGCUUCGCAGGUUACCGGAAACAUCGAGCGAGCUCGCGAAACCGCUCGAUCGCAUGGGAAGGGACGCGAUUUUUCUCAACAGUCGCGGUGAGAUGACGUGUUACAACGCGCGAGACGGUGAGCAAAAGCGUUGGCAAAUUCGCACCACCGCGGAUUGGACGCCGAGCGACGACGUCGUCAAACCGUCGCUGACGUCGUUCCCCAUACGCGUCGAUGGAUACUUGGACCUCGCCAUCGCCACCGGCGCGAGUUCGAUGGUCAUCGUCAACUCCAAGGGCUACCGCGCGACGGCACCGAUCGAGCUCCCCUCCCCUCCCGCGGCUCCGCUCGUCGCUCGAGACGUCGACGGCGACGGUUUCACCGACCUCGUCCUCCACACGAAAUCCGGCGUCUACGUCUGGAUCCAGACCCCCCGCGCCGGGAAUUUACCCUUCACCUUCCUCAUCGGCGCCCUCGCCGCGUCCGCCUCCCUCGCCCUCGUCCUCCGGCUUCGCGACGCUCCCGACGCCGUCGCUCGUCGCGACGCUUCCUUCGUCGUCCGCGCGCGCGCCUCCUCCCGUCCGUCCUCCUCCUCCGGCGACGACGACGUCCCCUCCGACGCCGAUGAUUAA